GUUUUGCUAAUAGGAAAAUACCACCUAAUUCAAUUCCUGUGCUGAACACUGCAGUCACUCGGUGUCUCUCUGGGUGAUGCCUUGGGAAUCUGCUUAAGCUGCUGCUUAGAGCUUAUUAGAAAAGGAUGUUUUGAGGGGAAAAAAAGCUUUGAAAGAAAUGGAAAAUUGGAAAUUCUUUCCAAUUUCCAGACUGGAAACUUCCAAAAGAAAUUGGAAAGAAAUGGAGGGUUUUUUUAAAGGGAUGUUUGCUCUUCUGCAGAGAAAGUUGGUCCUAAAAACUUCUGUAUUGUCAUAUUAAAAAAAACAACCAGGAAAUAUCAAAAGAAAUGGAGCCUCCUUGUUAGUCGCAGUAGUUUUUCAGGACAUAAAAAGAGGCUGUUUUGGGUAAAUCUCCAUAAAGUUGCACUGUUAAGAUGUCGGUGUGGAUUUCCAGCACUGAACAGCAAAAUGGCCCUUAAGCUGAGUCAGUCUAUACAGGACACGAGUUUAGCACGUUCUCAGCCAAGAUAUUGCUGAGCGUUUGUCCAUUGCACACAGAGGUUUGUACAUGAGGAAAGAAGUUGGGGGACAAAAUGGGCAGCUCCCAGCCUCGUCCCCGCCUUGCUGUCAUUUUGGGUUAGUGGCUUGAUUACACUUAGCAAAAAAGCCCUCCUCCUGCGGUUACCCCGAGGGCGGACCACGUGGCCCUUGCAGAGGGGUUCCCCCAGCCACGUCAGGCCAGCGUGGCUGAUGUUUUAUGCCAUAAUGCACUGCAGAUUCCACCUUUGCCUAUUAAAAUCCAAGACUGGGUGAUUUGGGGGGGGGGUGUGUGUGAUCACCCCUGCUGUGCCUGAAUCUGCGAGUGCCCGCGGUGGGCUGGAAGAUGAUGCCCAAAUGCUGAAUGUCCAUCCAAGGCAAAUCUGGCUCUUCCUCCCGUGUGACGAGUGGGUUUUGGGGCUGUGUGAGUUUUGCAGAGGGUCUGGGGGGGCUCCGAUGGGGACGAUGGGGAGUUUUUAAGUGCGGUGCUGACGAUGUGUCCCUGGGCUUGGGGUUCGGGGACCGCGGUCUGUGGGAGCGCGCCAGCGGACCGUGCUCCGUGAUCUCCUGGCGCAGGUGGCGGGUCGCAAAGGCGGUGCUGCCUCAGUUCGCCUUGGAUUUGAUCGUUGGGUGUUUGUGGGGGAUCCCAAACCCCCUUUGCAUAGCGGGAAAUAGCUGGCUUGGAUAAACCCCUUUCGGCGUCGCGCAGUGCCUCUGCCGGGGUCUGUCUCGGAAGAGCAGCUUCCGCAUGUUUAGGAUGGAUCUCGCGUACGCCUCGCCUGGGAAAGCCCCUCUGGGGAGGAAGGCAACCAAGCAUUCCUGCUGCAGGUAUUGAUUCCUGGGGAACGACAUCAUCUAACCCCGCAGCGACCCAGAAAUUGGGCUGCUCGUCUUGUGCGCGGCCGCAGCAGAGCUGCGGGCUCAGAGCAGCCCCUCGGGUGAGGCUGAGGAAAGCCGCAGAAGGGAAAGGCAAGGUUUAAGCUGGAAAAGAGAUUGGAAAAGCAGCAAAGGGCGUAAAGGGUUCCCGGAGAGGAGGCGUCGUGCAAAGAGUGAUUGGAAAUGUCACCCAUUAAAUACUCCCGAGGUAAAUCACGCAGCUCUGUGUCUCGGCAUGGCCACUCUCCUGGUUCCCGUGGGGUUUUCAGUCCCUUCUUUAGCUCCCCUGUCAGUGGCUGAGAUGCUUUAGUGCACGUUUGCUCUGUGCCUGGAAGACAAGCCAGAGGCCAGAAGCGGGGCGGGGGGGGGGGGGGGCAGCAGCUAUUUAGCAUCCCUGCUAAAAGAAAAAAAAAAUCAAAAGGCAGUUCUUUUAAAUUUUUUUCCCUUUAUCCUAACUCAUUGUCUCACGCGUUGCAGGCUGUCCCGCUAGCGGGGAGCGUUUGCCAUGGACAACGGUCACGUAAGCAGAUACCGCUUAAGCGUUGCCACGAGCCCGCCUCGGUGGGAGAUCGGCAUCUACGCCACCGGCGCCCUGGUGCUGCUGGGGAUAGCCGCCGUCAACCUCUGGAAGCUCUGGCGCUCGGGCAGCUACCCCGCGCCUUCCCCCUUCCCCAACUAUGACUACCGGUACCUGGAGCAAAAGUACGGGGCGGCGUGUUCGGAUGCUAAACACAAGCGAGGGAUGGCCCUGGGCUCGCAGAGGGCGCUGGAUAAGACCUCACCCAUCCGCAAGGCCAGCCUGCGGGCAGACGACACCUUCGAGAGCAUCAAUGAGCUGGGGAGCCUGGAGCUGAUGAGCAAAGACCUGGGCUUGGCCCCCUACGGCCCUUUGAAGAAAUCCAUCUCGGCCGACUCCCUCAGCUCCGUCUCCUCCAUCGGGAACAACUUCGGGCAGGAUUUCACGGUGGGGCAGGUGGAGGUGUCCAUGGAGUACGACGGGAAGGCGGCCACCUUGCACGUGACGCUGCUGCAGGGCAAGGACCUGCUGGAGAAGGAGGACGCUCGCUUCGAGUCCUGCUUCAUGCGCAUCAGCCUCCUCCCGGCCGAGCAGAUCGUCGGCAUCUCCCGGAUUCAGCGGAGCGCCUACGCCGUGGCCUUCGACGAGCGCUUCUCCAUCCCGCUGGACCCGGUGGCGCUGGAGGAGAACAGCCUGCGCUUCUCCGUCUUCGGCAUCGACGAGGACGAGAGGAACAUCAGCACCGGCGUGGCCGAGCUCAAGCUCUCCGACCUGGACCUGGGCACGCGUCCCUUCAACGCCUGGCUCUACCUGCAGGACAUGAACAAGGCAGUGGACACGGUGGGGGAGAUCCUGCUCUCCCUGAGCUACCUGCCCACGGCCGAGCGCCUGACGGUGGUGGUGGUCAAAGCCAAGAACCUUGUGUGGACCAACGGCAAAGUGACCGCAGAUCCCUUCGUCAAGGUGUACCUGCUGCAGGACGGGAGGAAGAUCAGCAAGAAGAAGACAGCGGUGAAGAGGGAUGACACGAACCCCGUGUUCAACGAGGCCAUGAUCUUCUCUGUGCCGGCCAUCGUGCUCCAGGACCUGUCCCUGCGGGUGACGGUGGCCGAGUGCGGUGAGGAUGGCCGCGCCGACAACACGGGCCACGUCCUCAUCGGCCCGGCGGCCAGCGGGAUGGGCAUCACGCACUGGAACCAGAUGCUGGCCACGCUGAGGAAGCCCGUCUCCAUGUGGCACCCGCUCCGGCGAAACUAGGCUGCUGGUGGGGGCAGCCCGUCGCGCCCCCGGUGUCCCGCACCCCGACACCGGCUCUGCCCCGGGGACAGCGGGCGGAGGGGGAGGCGCUGCCCGGCCGGCGGCUCGGCCAAGAGCCUCCGCAACACGGCGUUUGCAGCCGGGCAGGGGUUGAGCGAGACUUUGCAGCGCUGAAAAGGCAGAGAUGCUGGAGCGUCUUGCUGCCAAAGUAUUUGGAGGAUGGAGCAACUCCUUGGCUGCGUCUCUCCCCAUCUGGGUCUCCCUCGCAUGCGCUGGGGGCUGCGAAUGGACCCGCUGAGAAAGGAGCCUUCCCUUCAAAUGGACCUUGAAAACCAGCCCCGACCUCCCCGGGCCGCCAGGCAGGGCCCUGAGCAUCCCGCGUGCUCCCCGGCGGCCCCCCAGUCGGUGUUGCCCUGGGACGUGGAC